CUUUGCAGGCUUGGAACUUGCUGUGCACACUGGGAUGGACGGGAAUUAAUAGUCAUCUGCCUGCUUACUGAGAUUAGAAUCGGGUACCACUGUGCGUGGCUUUCAAGAUUUCCUUUGUGAUCAUUUUAAACAUUUGUAUGUGUAUGUGCCCAUUCACAUUUGAGUGCGAUGUCUUCAGAUGCCGUAAGAGGUGUCCCCUCGGGUGGAACUCUUCAGCUGGUCAUGUGCAGCCUAAAGUUGCUGGGUGCUGGAAACUCAACGCGGGUCUUCAGCAAGAGCAGCAAGUGUUCAUAGACACUGAGCUCUCUCUCGCCAAGUCCCCUGAACUGGCAUUGCCAACGUGCCAUUAUUCUUAUUCUGUCAACUAAGAUAUGCAAAUUCGGGGCCCAUGAACUAGAGGGACUAUUUAACUUUGAAAGGCAAGGGCCCCACGAGUGAUUUACGUGUUGAAAAACUAAAACCUCCAUCCCCAAGACUGGUAGAUGCGAAGCCGCUCUUCCUCAACCUCGGAAACAGGAAGGUUAAAGAACAAGUCAUGUGCUGGAGAUUCCUGAGACACGGCAUUAGCCCAAGUAGCCAGAGAAAUCAGAGUGAGGGUAGUGGGCCAGGAUACGGUUUUCUCCGUCUUUCUUCUGUCCAGGCAGUGGCCUGAAGGAGUCCGGAUCAGAUAGAGGCGGCGUACAGAGAAGAAACUACAUUACCCACAGUCCUAUGCCAGGGGCACUAUUGGACAGGGCGGGACUUCCGCCUGGGUUGGUGCAGGCUGUGUUCAAACUGGUUUGGAAGUAGGCUGCCUGGUCCUAUCCCACCGGCGGAGCCCAGUGGGGAAGACAUCCAGACUACAAUCUCUUUCUCCAUGCCCCUGUGACAGCUGGCGUUCCUGUCCUGGUCGUACCUGGGAGUCAUUUCCCCCAGGCUUUGUAGGCGUGUCUGCACCGGGUAGGCUGGGGGCAUUUCCAGGUGUGGGUUUGCGACCGAGCCCCCUCUGCCCGCCCACCCGGCUGCUGCACCGAUGGACAGAGCUCAGGGCCGUGUGACCUUUGGAGAUGUGCUUGUCGACUUCUCCUGGGAGGAAUGGGAACUCCUUGAUGAGCCGCAGAGGCUCCUCUACCUCAAUGUGAUGCUGGAGAACUUUUCCCUUGUGGCCACACUUGGUUGUUGGUGUGGAGCAGACAGCAAGGAGGCACCUUGUGAGGAGAGCGUCUCGACAGAAGCAGUGCCGCAGGCCGGGACUGCGGAACCAAGUCUCGGGAUGCCAACCGCCCACCCCUGUGAGAAGUAUGGCCCACUCCUGAAGAGCAUUCUGUACCUGGUUGAGCACCAUGGCCCAUGCCCUAAGCAGGCCCUGCAUAGAUGUGGGCUCAAUGGGACAGGAUGCUUCCUCACUGCAAAACCUUCCCGGCACCGGGAGCAAUGCCGUGGAGAGAAUGCCGUUGGAUGGGGUGGCGGAGAAGCCUCAGGUGGGAAGAGCGCAGUUCGCAUGGCUGAGCCACCAUCUGCGUGCCCAGAAGACGAGAUAGACUGGCCAAACAGCGCCAGCCUCCUGCAGCAGCACACCCAGCGCCCGGCGCCCAAGGAGGUGAACCUGCACAGAAACGCUGAGUGCCUGGAGCCUCUCACACAGAGCUCCAGCCUUGGGAAACACCAAGGAGAUGGCCAUGGGCAGACGGUCUGCAACAGUGACCACUGGAAAGCCUCCCCGCACACCUUCGCCUCUCUCGACAAUCGCAUGCCUCUUCCUGAGGGGAACCCCUUCAGCUGUCUGCCGGUUGGGGACGUGUUCAAGGAGAUGCCAGCUCUUCUGAAUCACAGAAGCCUCCCCGACAGAGGAGCACCUUAUGUAUGUGAAGAGUGUGGCAAGGCCUUUAUUCGCCUGUCGCAUCUAAACAGGCACCAGAAGUUUCACAGCGCGAAAAGUCACUACACGUGUGACGAAUGUGGGAAGCUCUUCCGCCGCAAAGACACACUUACACAGCACCAGAGAGUUCACACAGGGGAGAGGCCUUUUAAGUGCAGUGACUGUGACAAAGCCUUCAGUCGCAAAGACGUCCUUGUUCAGCAUCAACGAUUCCAUGCGGGAGAGAAACCUUACCCGUGUGGCGAAUGUGGGAAAUUCUUUAGUCAAAGUUCCCACCUUAGGGAGCACUGGAGAAUCCACACAGGAGCAAGGCCUUACGAUUGCACCGAGUGUGGGAAAUUCUUUAGCCACACAUCCAGCCUUGUCAAACAUCAGAGGGCCCAUACUGGAGCCAGGGCCUAUGUUUGCAGCAAGUGCGGGAAAGCGUUCGGCUGCAAAGACACACUUCUUCAGCACCAGAAAACUCACACUGGUGCAAAGCCCUAUGGGUGUAGUCAGUGUGGGAAGGCCUUCAGCCAGAAACAAAUGCUUGUAAGGCACGAGAAAAUCCACACUGGGGAAAGGCCCUACGGAUGCGGUGAAUGUGGGAAAUGCUUCAGACACAGCUCCAACCUUGUCGUGCACCAGAGGAUCCACACUGGAGCCAAACCUUAUGGAUGCAAUGAAUGUGGGAAAUGCUUCAGUCACAACUCGAGCCUCGUCCUGCAUCAGAGAGUCCACAGCGGAGCGAGGCCUUACGUGUGUAGCGAAUGUGGGAAAGCCUACAUUAGUAGCGCCAACCUUGUUCAGCACAAGAAAGUUCACACCGGAGCCAGGCCUUACGAGUGCAGGGAAUGUGGGAAAUCCUUCAGCCGCAAUUCUAACCUCAUCCUUCACCAGAGAGUUCACACCGGGGAAAAGCCUUUUACCUGCACCGAGUGUGGAAAAGCCUAUACGCGAAGCUCUCAUCUUCUACAGCAUCAGAAAGUGCACGUGGAAGAAGACAGGCUUCCGGUGUGCAGCAGCCCUGGCGACCCUUCAGCUGUAGCUCUUAAGCUUGUUUAGCAUAGAAUAAUUCAGCUGGGCAUGGUGGGCCUUGCCUUUAAUCACGACGCUUGGGAGGCAGAGGUAGGUGGAUCUUUGUGUGUUCUAGGCUAGCCUGGUCUGCAAAAAAAAAAAAAAAAAAAAAAAAAAUUCAUCCUAGAGAAAAGCCUUAUGCAACGAGAGAAAUCUGAUGCUUCCAGUUUUCAGGCUAAUGGUCACACGAGGGCAAUGCCCAAUUUACUGAGCACUGUUUACGGAGCAGCCAUCAUCCUGCAGGUUACCAUGAUCCGUUCUUAUAUCUAGUCAGGGGAGAUUCCCAGUUGGCAUCAGGUGUAGGGAGUUCUCAUGCGAUGUAUUCCACUGUCUAAACUGUCCAGGGCUCCUCAGAGAGACAUGUCACUGCUCUCUCACUAUUACCAUUGUUUCCACCCGUCCUUUCUGCCCUAGGAAGACAGACGCUUGCUGGCCCCUCCAGGCAAUCAUGAAUGUCCAAAGCCCACUGAGGCUUCUUUCUCCCACCUCGGGUGGAGUCUAAGCAGGCAGCUAACUUCAACUAAAAGGAUCCCAGCUAAGCCCUUCUGCAGACUUGCAGGCAUUUUUGUUCUGGAGAACGUUGCCUGUGACAGUAAUCUUGCCCAGGAUGCCACCUGGAAACUGCCUCGUCCUUCGCAGUUGCUUUUCACGGUGACAAAGCAUACUACAGCAGCCGGUAUGCUUAGCUUUGUUUGCAAUGUGGAGUGGAUAGAGAAAGCAGUUUUGCUACGGCCAUACCACCCUGAACGUGCCCGAUCUCGUCUGAUCUCGGAAGCUAAGCAGGGUCGAGCCUGGUUAGUACCUGGAUGGGAGAAGGCAGUUUUGUUCUGCCAAUGCGGUGCGAUCUUUAUUUACAGGCGUAUUUAUGGUGACAUAUAUAGGCACCGUCUUUAUUUGCGUCAGAUAAGACGACGGGUUAACGCAGAGUUCUUGGUCUAGUUUAACAUAGUGUGCCCCCUGGCUGAGGCUUUAAUAGAAAGAGCUUUGGGUACUAAGUUACAUACUCGAGUGUAAGGAUCACCUGUGGUCCCAGUGUUCCUUUCCAAGAACAGCAGGCGUGGAAAGUACAUUUGCUCCUGGGAGCGGUGUGAAAUGGGUCCCCUGGAUGUCACAGAUUCCCCCAAGCGUGACUGAGAGCUUUUCAUCUUGGAUCUCUAGAGUACAGAGCAAGACUCUGGCCUUCCUGGUCACACAGACAAGUGCGACUGACCCAGCCAGUGAGGUGGGGACCAGGAAUGGGGCAGGGACAGGGAGAUGAUGGGGUCGGGGUGACGGUUGGGUGGGCAAAAGGUUUGCU